CAUUCACUUUGACACACACAUACACACUCUCCAAUGCAAACACAUGAACACUUCCAGGCACACACACACAUGCACGCUGUGGAUGCAGGGCAGAGGGAGGGAGACAAGCUUUCAGAGACAGGAGCAGAAAGAGGAGAUCACUGGCAAGCUGAAGAGAGCGAAAGAAAAGAGCUGGAGGAGUGAGUUCAGGAGAAAAUCCCAGCCUUGGUGUGUGAGCUGUUCUGGGUCUUAUGUAGGACCAGACCUCACACAAACCUCCAGAAAAAAAGAGAAAAAAAAAAGAAGAAGAAGAAGAAGAAGAAUCACAAUGCUUUGGAGAAUUUGGAAAGUCUAAGGAUUGUUCUUUGCUGGAGCUGCUAGAAAUAAUUUUUGAAAAACUCUGGAGAUGUGGCCUUCUGCGGCAAUCUGAGCUUGCUCGACAUCACUUUUGAAAAACAAUUUUGCUUUCAUUUCUGUUGAAGCCACAAUGCCUACUGACGAUUAUAGCUACCUGCCUGAUGUGCUGCCUCCACUUCCUGAAGUCCCGGACUCCGGCUCAGACCUGAGCUCCGUUGACAUCCCAGCACGCUGCCUCCGAAACUCGGCCUUCCGCCACGCCUCCUCCCGUUAUUGCUCCGCCAUCAGCAUGGACUCCUCUCCUGACAGCGCCGAACGACCCAUCAGCUACAGCUCCACUUCCUCUUCUGCUUCCUCCAGGGACAGUCACUGCUCUUUGGGCAGCCGUUCCACCCUUGUGGCGGCCCCUCAGUGUAACCCUGUCACCACUGACCGGGACUCUGGGGCUAUUCAGUUGGAACUGGUCCCAGCCAGGCAGCUGGGAUGUGAAGAGGAAGAUGAGGGGAACAAUGGAGAGCGGUGCAGACAGACUCCAACAGAACAGCAAAAGCUGAGCCCAGAAGUAGGAGAGAAGAUGAGCGGCGUUCAGGGACCCAAGACAUAUGUGGACCGGGUGGUUCAGGAGAUACUGGACACAGAGAGAACCUACGUUCAGGACCUGCGCAGCAUCGUUGAGGACUACUUGGAGUGCAUCAGUAACCAGUCUCGACUGGCCCUGAGCUCAGAGGAUAAAGGUUCGCUGUUUGGCAACAUCCGGGACAUCUACCACUUUAAUAGGGACCUCCUUCAUGAGCUGGAGAAGUGCAACGCAGACCCUGUAGCCAUUGCAGAGUGCUUUGUAUCCAAGAGUGAGGAGUUCCACAUUUAUACCCAGUACUGCACUAACUAUCCACGUUCAGUGGCCGUGCUAACCGAGUGCAUGAGGAACAAGGCGUUGGCCAAGUUUUUCCGCGAGCGCCAGGAAUCUCUGAGGCACUCCCUACCCCUGGGCUCCUACCUGCUCAAGCCAGUGCAGCGGAUCCUUAAGUACCACCUCCUGUUGCAUGAAAUAGCCAACCAUAUGGAAAAGGACACAGAGACCUAUGAGGUAGUGCAGGAAGCCAUUGACACCAUGCAGAGAGUGGCCUGGCACAUCAACGACAUGAAGAGGAAACACGAGCACGCCGUCAGGCUGCAGGAAAUCCAAAGCCUCCUGACCAACUGGAAGGGCCCGGAUCUGAUCGGCUACGGCGAGUUAGUUCUCGAAGGAACGUUUCGCCUGCAGCGAGCCAAGAAUGAAAGAACCCUCUUCCUGUUCGACAAACUGCUGCUGAUUACCAAGAAGCGGGAAGAAACCUACACGUACAAGGCUCACAUCUUGUGCUGCAACCUCAUGUUGGUGGAGGUUAUUCCUAAAGAGCCGCUGAGUUUCAGCGUGUUUCACUACAAGAAUCCCAAACUACAGCACACCGUCCAGGCUAAAUCCCAGCAAGACAAGCGCAUGUGGAUCUUGCACCUUAAAAGGCUCAUACUUGAAAACCAUCCUGCAAAGAUUCCAGCCAAGGCCAAACAAGCCAUUUUGGAGAUGGAUGCAAUACACCAUCCUGGGUUUCACUACAGCCCUGACGGCGAGAAGAGGGACUUCCUUCAAACCAAGGAAGGCCCCACUCCUCGUCGAGGACGCAGGAAAGAGCCCCUCUCCAAACUAUUGAAGAAUGCAAAGCAGAACGCUGCCAACAGCGACGGUGAAAAACGGACCAGUUUAGGCGCCACCCUGCUGUCCCCCGUGUCCCAGCUGGCUCUGGGCACCAUAGGGCGCAGCCGAAGCUUGAUCAACCAAUCACAGGAGUCCCUGGACCCCGGCGAUCACUACGAGCACAGCGACCGGGAGGAAGGGGACGAGUCGCAUCAGCGGGACGCUGACGACGAGGACGACAGCGUUUUGGGUGGCGGGAAGAGGCUUAAAGUCCCCGGCAAAGGCAGCAGAAAGAGGCUGAACCCUCAGGCGUCUGUUGACAGCAUAGAGCAGUGGAAGGCUUUUAACAUGAGUUCUUCAGACCUGCAGAGAGCCAGGGAAUCCCUAGUAAGGGAAGGAAGUCACCACCCUCCACUGCUGAGGACGCCUCGCGUGACAGAGGAACCUCCGGACUCCCCGAUCCCCUCUGUAAUCGUAACAGAGAGCGACCAUUCGAUGACGAACAUUUGGGCCGAUCACCGGGCUCGCAGGGCCAUGUUCCCCACCCGUCAGAGGACGAUGCAGCCGGACGAUGAGGACGAGGACAUCUACCAAAUGUUUGUUCCCACAGAACAGAGCGCCCCGGAGCCAGAAGCGCCCUCGGAGAGACCGGAGGCCCCCUCGUCCCCCAGAACGGCCCGGCCCUGCAGCUGGCACGUCGAACAGGUGCCCACAGUUCAGGUUGACCCUCCUGCUGAUGGCGGCAGAGUCCUAAGGAGGGCGAGCAGCGCAGGAGAGAAGGCUUCAGACGCCCGAGAGAGACCAGCGGACAACGAGGCUGGCCCAGGCAAUUUGGAAGUGAUUCACACCGAAUCGUCCAGCAACGACAUAUCGGGGUCUUCCUCAGCCGAACAGCUGACAAUAGACGACAUAGAAAACGUCUAUGAUAACAUCAGCUACGAGGACCUGAGGAGCAUGGGUCUCAUCAGGAGGGACCCAGAAGAAAGCCAGAUGCAGAAAGAGACGGCGAGAGAACAAAGUGCCGCGGAGGUCGGAGAGUCUCUCAUUGAACCAGACAGUUCGUCAGAGAGCAACCGGUCCUCCACGCAGGACGUAAAGAUGUACGGGAGCUGUGAUCUCAAGAUAGUGGAGGAAAAUGUGUACGACACCAUCUGUUUCAGAGAGCCUCCAUCCACUGAGCUCAAGGGUAAGAAUGAAGGAAGUAAAGAAAAACAAGACAGGGAGAGCUUGUCGUUGGAGCAAGACAUGAGUCAAAGUCUUGGAGGGUCCGUGUCUAAAGAGAGCGUCAACGUCAGAAAGAAGGACGAAAACGAAACGUUGCAACCCGUCCUCUGCUCUCCGGAGCCAAAUAAUCCCUCCUCUGCAUCUAUAAUCUCUCCUCCGCAUUCACAGAGAGCUGACCGCAUGUCUGAGGAGGUGGACGAGCUUUGCAAUGACUUAGAAAACUACAUGAAGAACGCCAAGAAAGCUGAACGACUUCCUGCUGCAUUCCCCGUGAAUUCCAGUGAGUCCCCUAAGAAGGUCUCGUCUGCUAAAAGCAGCCCUACGAAGAGCUGCCCUGUGGUUAGCGCUCAAGCUGCCAGCCCUACAAACAAAAGCCCACCAGCACAUCAACCCAAAUCCCCGCCCGUCACCCCCACACCGUCGUUCACCAUCCCACUCAUUAACUUUCCUGACUUUCAAAACGUGAGCACCACCGAAGAAGAAACCCACAGCCCCGCUCCCGCGUCCCGGCCCCUUCCCGCCACCCCAGAACCCCCUCCGGGCACAGUGAAAAGCAUCCGGAACAGACUGGCGCGCCUCAGCAGCGGCAGCUUCCGCCUCGAGGACGACGACCUGGUGGAGCUUCCGCAGCGGAACGCCGCUCCGAGAGAGCAGGACCUCCAAAGUUUGUUUCCAGGGGAGCUCGCGGGUCUGGACUCCCCCCUGGCAGCCUCCUCUUUCCUGCUGGGGGAGUCUGUGGACUUUCCCCUGGAGCUGAUGGACAAAACAAAGAGCCGCGUGUUCCUGAUGGCCCGGCAAUAUAGCCAGAAGAUCAAGAAGGCCAACCAGCUCCUGCGGAUGAGGAGCAUGGACCCAGGAGAUUCCAGCACUCGGAGCAGAAUGGAAAGGAAACAGAAAGACCUUGCUGCCAUCUUAGAGGAGAAGAAACAAGGGGGUGCAGCCAUAGGUGCAAGGAUAGCCGAAUACUCGCAGCUCUACGACCAGGUGAUGUUUAAGGAUACUCCUAAUUCUGCCAGUCAGACAUCAGCCUCCUCUCAUCACUUCCAUCCAGGACUUCCUUCCUCUCCGUCGAUGCCAGAAACCUCCCUGGAUGACGACUGGCUCCACUCCAUCUACAGCAACGGGGAGCUGAUGAACUUUAUGUCGUCGGCCAGCGGGGGGAGAGAUGCCGAAACACCCUCCGGCUCUCAGCACAGACUUACCCACACCUCCUCCAUCCCUUCUCUCAAGACUACCCCUCCCACCACGAGCGCUCCAACAUCGCAGCGGUGGAGCUCGUGCAUUUCGGCGCCGAGCGAAGAAGAGCACGUGUACAGCUCCAUAAAGAGACAUCCUUCCUUUAAUGCGCCCUCCUCGAAGUCCUCCCUGUCCAAUCAGUCUCAAUCAGCCGGCUCUCUGACAAGCCCCCAGCAAGACAAGCACCGCCAGGCUGGGCUCAAUUGUAACGGAACCAAUGCGGAUCCCACCACCGACAGGCCUCGUGGACCAAGCCUGGUCCGUGCCGGUCGCCAGAGCAGCCUCCCAGACCAGUCCACCCUGCGACGGUCAGACCUCACCUUACACGAUGGCCAGCAGGUGGUGGUCCUGAACCGGGCUUCUGCUCUGACCAUCCUCAACGCCACCCAGAACUACAUGGCCAACUUCAAGGACAACGAGGAGGACGACGACGACUACGUCGAGAUCCGCUCGGACGACGACGGCGAGGCGGAGCGGGACCGGUCGAACCAGGGAGCCGGCAGCUCGACUAAGAGCCGCAGCGUCGUCCAGUCUCGGAGUUUGCCGUGCACGCCGGUCCACUCCUGCCACCCGCUGGGGCCCCUGGAGCGCGAGGAGCUGGAGAAGUACCUGUGGAGCGAGCCGCAGCAGAAUCAACCCAAGAUCGUCCAGUCUCUGCGGGAGAAGUUCCAGUGUUUGGGCUCCAGCAGCUUCGCAUGAGGCUACAUCUGAAACUGAAAGCCAAAAACCGCACCGCAUAUAGCUUCCGAAGGGGACAGUGCUGCUUCGUGUCAAAUACACUACACACACUUUCGCUAGCAAAACACAAUAUUAGACAAAAAAAUAACAUCUAUCAAAGCGAUCAUUUGAUUGCAACUUUAUUUUUAGCGAACUAUGUUACAGAUUUAACGAAACAGUAUAGGUCACCUGUAAUGGUCAAAACAUUCACUUUUACGUCAACUUCCUUGCAAAAUAUCCGGAGAGCUGGGGAUCCGUUCUGAUUUUAAAACUUUUAAACUGCUUUACAUCUGAGCCUUGUAGAAACUUUUUGUGUUGUACAGAUGCGGUAGUCGGGAUGUCCGUUAGCUUUGCUCCUAAGGACGUUUAACUGCGUCGUCUUCUUCAGCAGGAGACCUUCAGCACAGUAACCUCUCGUCUUCUUAAUUGUGCAACCUUAUAAUAUUGAACAGUUGUGAACAAAGUGCUUUUACAGUUCGAGGUUCGUGCAAGUCGCGAUACACUGCUCAGGCUAGCUCGUCACUUUUAGCAGCUUUUAACAAGCAGGAUAUAAAGACAAUUGUUUGGGGCUAUUAUAACAUCCGGUAGGUUAAGGGUGCCUAUACGUGGAGCUUUAGUAUAUUUUUUAAAUAGUGAGUCAAUCUUCCUCUCACUUUGGUCACCAGUAGAGGGUCAUGCUUAAAGAAAAUCAAGAUAUUCUGUAAGACAUAGAUAGUAUAUCUUCUUUUACAUUUGAAAGCAUCUGGGAGACGCGGUUUUUACAUGCAGUGGGUGAUGCAAAUAGAUGCUGUGUUGUUUUUUCCUUAAAUCUGCGCAUUUCAAUUUUUGGUUUUGAGGGAGGGACCACAAGGGUAAACAGGUUUUAAAGACUCCAGUACUGUAUUAGGUGUAUUUUUCUUUAUUAUAAUGCAGAUGUAUUUAAAUGGUUUACUUUAUGGGGAACCAUCGCACUACUGAUUUCAGAUCUCCUCUCACGCCAGGAAAGUCACACUCAUGAUUAAAGACACUUUAUGGUUCACAGUCGUUUUCUUUCUCCAGAAACUUGCAUCCACAGUCCUUCGGUUUCAUACAAAACCAUGACAGAUAUUAAACAUGACGCAUUUGCUUGAGUGCGUCCCCGUGUUCCGAUUGUGCCGUCGGUGCCGCGAGCCACAAACUGUAAAUUAGAGUAAAGUAUAUUUAUUAAAAGACAGCUGUGCUUUCAUUUAGGGACUCAAAAUCUGAAACAAACUGUGAAUAUUGUUGGAAAAUUGUAGCUUUUCGUGCACUAUUGAAUCAUAAAUGACUAAAGUAAAAGCACAUGGCGAUAAAAGCAAAAUAAAGAAAACAUCAAAUCCAAAAUAGGAAAAUGAAGUAUGUUUUUUUGUUGUACAUUGUUUUAUUGGUCGUAACUUUUUGCACUUUUUUUUUUAAUUUUGCAUCUUAUUUGUAAACACUUUGUAAAGAUGUACAUUUUAGGAGUUAUUCUUGUAUGCCAUAGAUAUGCUUUAUAAUGCUUUGCGGUCUAAGUUAAGUAUACUGUAUUUUUGUAACUGGCUAGUCAUCAUUGCUCAUCAAGACUAUGUAUCUGAGGUAAUAAAUUCAGAUUAUUCUC